CUCAUCAAGUACCUUUUAUUUUCACCCCGCUCGUCAGCUAAACCGGAAGUUCUGACAUUGCUAUUCGCUGUCGAAGAAUAUUUAGACUGCUUAUGAGAAAUUUAUAAAUUCAGGGUCAGCUUCCAAUCUGCGUAGCUGCUGAACCCAAGCUUAGUCAAGAUUCAUAAUUGCUGAUGAAUGCCGUUGUAGGGCGAAACAAGCUGCUACAAAAGAGACUGCCCCGCACCAUGGCCGACGACCGGAAGGCGUUGCCCAAGAUCCCAUCUUCUUGAAUAACGUGGAUCGAUACGAGAAUAUAAAAGCAACAUCGAGGCAUUAAUUCGUACUGUAGCCUAUCAAUCCAGCAAAUAUGUCUUCCUGGACUCACUUAAUUCGCUUUGAAGCUGUCGAGGAUGGCCGAGUUCAUCUUGGGCAGCUUGUCGACACAAGCCGUGAUAUUGGACUCGAUUCUGUUGAGGGAACCCCCAUCAAGGCAUAUCGACUGAAUGGCGAUGCUUUCAAUGGUACCGUCACAAAACAAGUUCUCACCGUCUCCAAACUCCUGUCCCCUGUUUCCAAAGAACAAUGCAAUUAUAUUCGAUGUUUGGGGCUGAACUAUCAUGAUCACGCCAAGGAAGCCAAUAUGGAAUCACCAAAAGCCCCGAUUCUCUUCACCAAGCCUCGCUCAGCAUUGGCAGACCCAUAUCCUUCGGCCGUUGUUAUCCCCAAAUGUGCACAGGACGGCAGUAGCGAUUAUGAGGCUGAGCUUUGCGUUGUUAUCGGAAAGACAGGCCGCGACAUCUCUGAGGAGGAGGCGCUCAACUACGUGUUGGGAUACACGGCUUCAAAUGAUGUAUCAGCCCGAAACUUUCAGUUCAUGACGUCUCAAUGGUCCUUCUCUAAAGGCCUAGACUCCAGCUGCCCAAUUGGUCCCGUCUUGGUGGCGCCAAGUACUAUCCCUGACCCCCAGACCCUGUCCAUCAAGGCUAUAUACAACGGCAAUGUUGUCCAGGAUGGGCAUACAAAGGAUAUGAUCUUCUCGAUCCGACAGCAAAUUGCAUACUUUUCGCAGGGUACAACCCUCGAGGCUGGCACAAUUAUAUUAACCGGCACACCGGCUGGCAUCGGUUGUUUCCGAAGCCCAAAAAUCUCUCUGAAUGAUGGAGACGACAUGCGCGUUGAGAUUGGGUCCAUUGGAACUUUGGUUUCCAAGAUUCGGUAUGACGAGGUCUAGAGUACCAUGCAGCUGAGAAGGGAAUUGUUCUUAAGCGACAAAGAUGGAACUCUACUUCCUGGUUUUAAAGUAGCAAUAUUACCGAGCAAUACAGUUUUUAGAUGUUCAUCCUACUCACGCGACCUGUUGAACUGCUGGCCGGUGCAUAGUGCGGAAUGCGGUGGUAGAUCCGGUCAGCGGAAGGCUACGGCACCGUUAUUAAAGCCCCACUCGGCAAGUCGAUAAAUUGGUGCUUUGCAUACAAGCAUCAAAUGAAUGCUUGAGUCAGACUUUGACAGUGCGGCUGUAUCUUGUCCACCUAGGGUCAUAUGCAUGUUCUGUAAGCGAGGUGCGACAGCAUGCUCAUUCGGGAAGCAAGCCGAUAUCGCGUACCAAGGACAAAGCUCACGUAGCUCCGUUGGUGGUUCGAUAGAUCAGAGCAGGGCUUUUCUAUCAGCAGGUGGGCACAGUGGCCAAAAUAUUGUCUAGGCGAAAUCUUGGCUCAGCGACAUGGGAUGAAAUAAACAAGAUAAACAUAUUACACUAGAGUCGAGAUUUGCAGGGCAGCCAGCCAGUACCAAAGUAGUUUUCACGCACAGUACAGUCUCAUCGCUUUGUCUUGUAAAUUAAAGAUGCAGUAAGCUCGCAUGCGCUGGUGGCUUUCCGUGAAGGGGGACUCACAAAAAGUGGCGUGAUGUUGAAAACUUGGGACCCCGCCGAGAUCCUAAAAGAACGGAGCGGGCGUGCGGCUGGUGCGCAACAAUGGGUUUCCGGCGUGCCGAGGCCGCGGAGAGCGCUGAAGCAGGUACAGUAAAUGAAAAACUAAAUACAAUGCAAUGCUAUAUAGACGAAACAGGAAAGCAAUCAGGCAAGAUGAGCAGAUUCUCGUGCCACAAAGUAGGCAAUUCCAUUCUGAGCGCAACGGUAGCGUCGUAUCAAUCAGAGUCUAAACCUGCGCAGCGGGCAGGCUCCGGCGGCUUACAGGGGAUGUGUGUGGUGGGUUUCCAGCGAAAGAGGAGAGAAAAGGGUGCAUUGCAGGCUGCGAUCAAGCAGGCAAAACUCGGAGCCCCGACGCCACGCCGAUGGUCGCCACUAGUGCAUGCUAGUGGGCGCGCGCAACACGUUAGAGCCAAGUUGGUACCAGUGCACACAUCCGCAACAGGGAGAAGAAGCUCAGUGGGAAAAGGGCAAAGAUGCAAAAUAUCAGAC